UCUGAAUUCCCAGCUGACAGCGCGGCAAACCGCGGAGCCAUGGGUUUUGGGCCAUGCCAGGCGCCUUUUAUGAGCCUCAUGAGGAAGCCAUGGUCAGCGGCCUGUGGCCGCUGGAAUUGCUGCAGGACGAUCCGGCGCGACAGCCGCGGGUGGUGAGUUCGGCUUUGGAGUUCCUGCGGGAACUUGUGAUCGGCCACCACCUCGAGGACUUUGUGGUCCUGCCGCACGGCACGGACUUGCUGGAUUUGCGCUUCGAGGACUGCAUUCCAGAGGAUGUGCGAUCUUGUUUGCGCAAUUGCCGGAGUGCCCAUGAAUUCAUUUCCAACAUCUUGGAGCAUCCCAAGAUGCUGGACAAGUACCGGGCCGAUGUGGAGUACAUCGACCCUGCGCGCCAGCAGCAUGACAUCCUCCGCAAGGACAAGUUGGACCUGGGCAAGCGGAUCCGCGAAGCCCUGCGCAUGGCGCAGGCUGGCGAGGUCGAUGCGCGCCUUCUGUACUUGGCUGAAAUGAGGCUGAAACAAGAAGCCCCGCAUCCCAUCGGCGGCGAGAAGGUGAAGACCAUCUGCACUCGCGACUUCAAGGACGUGCUGGGACCACUGGCAACUUGGACGCUCUACUGGGACCGCUACGACGAGGGCUUCUUCGCGGGCGGGAGGUGCAGUGGAAAGGGCGUCCACAUCGAUCAGGUCUUGUGGAGCAAUGUGGGCAGGAAUUACCAGGGAUACAAGCUGGUGGCGGCAUGGCCCAAGGGGGAGGUCAGCAAACAGGUUGCCAUGGAAUUCUUCGACACGCUCUUCGCGCCCCCGCUGCGGCCCCGGGAGUUGGAGGAGCUUUGCACAAAGCGGCGAAAGUUGUCUUGCUGCGGCCUGGGGAUGUGUACAUGUUCAGCGGCGGCGUGGCGCACACCGUGAUCUGUGCUUCCGAGGAGAUGUGCUUGGGUGUCUACGAGUCCUUUGUCACUCUGCACCCGGAGCACGUGGAGCACUUUUUGCACACUGCCGAUCUCGAAGGCCCCUACUUCCUGGACUCCUACUCCAUGAGCCCCAGGUCCUUCAGAGACACCAAGGACGAUUGCCUUGACCAGCUAGAGGACGCGGCCGAGCACUGCCAGUCGGGGGGCCUGCGAGGGGCUCUUCAGAGAACGGUGCCAGUCGCUGAGGCGCCGGCAAGUUGGCGUCGUUUCCAAGCAAGGCUGCUGGGCGACGACGGCUUUCUGAAGACUUUGGAGCACUACUUUGCUCGGGCUGUGGACCUUUGCGCAGGUGACCGCUACUUCAGGCGCCACUUGCUGGAGAAGGUCUUGAUGGCAGGGAAGGCCUGUGGCGGCAUGGGCGGUGAUGCGCCGCUGAGACCAGGAGUGCGGAAGCGCUGCAGAGCCGACAGCGAUUCCAGG